AUGGAAACAUAUACAGAAAUUUAUGAUGAAUUCAAUUUACUUACAUCACGUACGAUUUUAGCUCAUUGUAUACAUUUAGAACAGAGUGAAAUUGAUUUGAUUAAGAAAGAAGAAUGUGGAUUCAGUCAUUGUCCAAGUUCGAAUUUCAAUUUGAAAAUCACGGAUUCGUCAAGUGAACAGUUUAUUACAAGCUGGAAUCGAAAAGAUUGGAUUAGGUACAGAUGUUUCUGGUGGUCAUGGGAUUGGAAUCUAUUAUCUGGAUGGUUGCAAUCCGAAUUAUUUUUUUAUUGA